GACUCAUCGAAUUUGUUGGUGGUUUUGUCUAUAGAGGUGUGGAAAUUCUUAUUGGCACGAGAUCUAGAGACAUUUGUUAAGAUAUUCCCUUUUUUAACGAUUAUUUCUAAAUACUAAACAAAUCCAAUAAUGUCAGCGAGUAGUAGCAAUGAUAAAACCGAACAAAUUGAUUUGGCAAAACUGAGUUUAGAGCAAUUGAUGCAAAUCAGACAGGAAAUGGAAAAGGAGGUUAACAGCAUUCAAGAGUCACUCCAAACCCUUUACAGUUGUAAAGCCAAAUAUGCCAGUUCAAAAGAAGCGCUGGAAUCUUUUCAACCUGAAUGGCAAGAUCGCCAAGUACUGGUGCCAUUAACAAGUAGCAUGUACGUACCAGGUCGCAUAAAGGAUCUCGACAACUUCGUAAUUGAUGUUGGCACCGGCUAUUAUGUAGAAAAGAAUUUGGAAGGUUCUAAGGACUAUUUUAUGCGGCGUGUGGAUUAUGUGCAGGAACAAAUAGAGAAAAUUGAAAAAAUUCAAAUACAAAAAAGUAGAUUCCUGAAUGCUGUUGCUGGCGUGAUGGAGAUGAAACAACUUGCACUGGCAAAGCAGAUGCAACAGCAACAAAGCGCAUAAGAAAGACAUACAAUACAAAUAGUAUCUACAUAGAAGAAAAAUCAUUUCUUUCAUCUACUAGAAACUAAGUGGAUUUCAGAUAAAACUUAAAUAUAUCGCACGAAAGGAUAGAAGUUUCAUUUCGAAAACUUAGCCUUAAUCGGUAAAAAGAUUCAAAAUAAACCGAAAAGGAAAUUCCAACACCAAUCACA